UUUCUUCUUAUUUCUGUGUCUAAAAGCAGUGUUUUCUGGCAAGCCAGAACGAUAUCCGAUGGUUUCCAAGCUUUACAGAGAAACAAACCAUCCAACCCAGCAGAUUUCUAGUCUCCAUCUCAUCAACCUUAUCACCAAACUGAAUCAAGUCUUGUUAGAGACGAACAAAACAAAUCCAUGGCUGGUGUGGGGAGCUGUUUUCCUGCAACACGGCACUGCCAUCUUCGAGGGACCACGCCAAUAAUAUCUCGGACUUUAAAUUGUUUGAAGCUCGAUCGCAAUGUAGCUAUAGUUGUGUUUGUAUCAAGUCGAGUGAGGAAGCAUGGCGCCCCCAGCUGCGAGCCUCGAUGGUCUGCCAACUUCCACGCUUGCUCAUCCCUUGCUCCAAGGAGGCCGCCCUCCUUAUCCCCACAAGUUCUCCGCGGCGCAACUGGAAGCACUCGAGGCCCUGUGCUCUACAUUCGUUCCGCAGGUUUCGUCCCCCGAUGGCAGCCACAGAGAGUUUUACGAGCUCUCUGGGGAGGCAGACGCAGAGAUGGUGGCGGGGAGGAUGACACAGUUUAUCCAUCCCAAGCUUUUGAGGAGAGCCGAGGAGGUGCUGGGCAUGCUCUCCACGCCCAAGUCCACUCCGCAGUACCCCUACGACAAGAAGUUCAGUGAGGUGCCGCUCGAGGAGCGAGAGAAACUUAUGUACCAGUGGGCCAACAGCGACGACGACGAUUCCCGUCUCAACUUCAAGAUCUUCAAGACGUUCAUCCUCAACACCUUCUAUAGCAAGGUGGAUGCUUCGGGCUACAACCCGACCUGGGAAGCCAUCGGCUACGCGGGACCGGAUCCAAACUCCAUGAAAGCAACGUUGCCUCCAAAGCCGUCAGCUCUCAAGUCCGCCGUCUUCGACGUCAGAGAGCACCCCGACCUGCGAGCAGUCCUCAAGCACACGGGUUACACUCUACUGGAUGACAUAUCUCACCUCAAGCCGGCGCUGCUGCCUUCCAACAAGCUUGAGGACGGAGAGGACGUGAUUGGCAUCAAAUGCGACGUGAUCAUUGUUGGAGCUGGCAGCGGAGGAAGCGUUCCAGCUCAGGUCCUGUCCACUGCCGGCCUCAAAGUUUUGCUGCUGGAGAAAGGCCGCUACUUUGCGAGAGAAGAUCUGUCCCUGCUCGAGCAACCGACUUUCAGCGAGCUCUACGAAGAAGGCGGAUUUCUGGCAACUGACGACUUUGCUUACUCGCUCAUGUCCGCUGCGGUGGUGGGAGGCGGAACUUGCAUCAACUGGGCGGCAUCCUUCCAGACUCCGCCUCACGUCCGCCAGGAAUGGGCUGAGGAGUGUGGACUUCCCAUGUUUACCAGCGAAAAGUACCAGCAAGCUCUGGAUCUCAUCUGCAAGAAGAUCGGUGUUCAGCCUAAUGCAACAGUGGAAAGCUUCCAGAAUGCAGUCCUGCGCAAGGGAUGCGUUGAGCUUGGCCUCCACAGCGCAAACAUACCGAGAAACGCGAGCCCAGAACACUACUGCGGCUGCUGUAACAUGGGAUGCCGACGGGGUAUGAAGCAAGCGACCACCGAGACUUGGCUGGUGGAAGCAGCGGCAGCAGGAGCGACCAUCCUCACGGGAACCAAAGGCUUGCAAGUGCUAUUCACGGACGGGACCAAGAAGGAGAAGAAAGCCAUCGGUGUGUUGGCCACCACCUUGGGUGACCAGCCAAAGAAGUUGAUCAUCGAGGCCAAAGCGACCAUCGUGUCCACCGGCUCUAUCAUGACACCACCGCUGCUCAUCAGAAGUGGACUCACGAAUCCAAACAUUGGGAAACACUUCCACAUCCAUCCGGUGCUGGGAGUGUGGGGAUACUUCCCGGAGGAGGAGAAGAACCCGGGAGCUAGCUUCGAAGGAGGGAUCAUGACGGCCUUUAGCGCGGUGAGCGCACGCUGGGACACAGUCGGCUAUGGUCCGGUGCUCAUGACACCGAGCUUCCACCCCGGACAGUACGCUUCGGUGGUAACUUGGAAAUCUGGAGCUCAGCACAAGGAGGCAAUGCGGAGGUUCAGACGAGUCUCUCAGGUGGUGCUCUUCACUCGUGACAAAGGAGCUGGGAGUAUCGGAGUGGACAAGAAGACGGACGAGAUCACGAUCGAGUAUACUCUAGAUCCAUACGACGAGGAGGUUUGCCUGGAGGGAGCGGAGAAAGGACUUCGCGUGCUCAAGGCAGCGGGGGCAGUGGAAGUCGGGACGCACCACCACGACGCUGAAAGCUUCACGUUUGGCAAGUCGACAAGCUGGAAAGAAGAGAAGAAGCGGUUCGAGGAGUACCUUGCGAGCGUGAGAAGCAAAGGGCUCAAGCCCAACCGGCUGCCAAUGGUAUCGUAUCACUUGCUGGGAUCGUGCCGGAUGGGAUCCAGCCCCGAGAACUCGGUGAUUGAUGCCAAAGGCGAGACUUGGGAUGCUGAAGGCCUCUUCCUCACGGACGCCAGCGUCUUUCCCACACCCACGGGUCUCAACCCCAUGGUCACUAUCCAGUCCAUCGCCUACUGCACUGCACAGAACAUUGUGGAGCAUGUCAAGUCGUCCAAGUGAAAGAGCAGAGCUCUAAGCUCUAAGCAAAAUCAUACCAGAGUUUGUAUUGUUUGUGAAGUACUGUGAUGGAAUAAGAACAGCGACGUAUGGCCAGCU